CAGCUAAUCUUCUUCUUUACCACAUUUGGCUCAUCCUCUGAUUUAGGAGGGAGCCAACGUUUUCUAUAAAAGCAAAGUGUCGAAUCUCUUCAUCAUCACUUAACUGAUCAUUUCUCCUAACUUUCAACAUGAAACAAGUAGUUUUAGCUUUGGCUCUUCUUGGCGUCGCGGCCUGUGCCCGGCUUGACCACCUCGAGAACAAGUACCUUCCUCCCAGCAGAGGCAGCUCUGCGUCCGGACAAUACAGCGGGGCGUCUUCCGGUAGUGCGGGAAGAGGGUCUGGACAAUAUUCCGGUAGUUCAACUGGGCAAUAUUCCGGUGGUGCAUCUGGAUCAGGGCAAUAUUCCGGCGCUUCAUCUGGACAAUACUCCGGUGCUUCCGGGGACGCUUCCGGGCGCUUUUCCGGACAAUUCGGUGGUUCUUCCGGUCCCCAGGUCCCUAUCCUCCGUUUCGAAAACAAUGUCAAUGGUGACGGAACCUACAAUUUUGCCUACGAAACCGGUGAUGGCGUCCAGGCUCAGGAGGAAGGUUACUUGAAGAAUGCCGGAUCUCAGGAUGAGGCUCAGGCUGCGCAAGGGUCCUUCUCGUACACCGCCCCCGACGGCCAACAAAUCUCUCUCACCUACACCGCUGACGAAAACGGUUUCCAACCCCAAGGCGAACAUUUGCCUACUCCUCCCCCAAUCCCUGAAGCUAUCCUUAAAUCCUUGCAAUUUAACCAGGAGGAGGAAGCUCGUGGUGUUGUCGAUGAUGGACAGUACAGGGAGCAACCCCAACAGUUUGGAGGACGUGGUGUCCAACAAGGCGCUCAAGGACAGUUUGGAGGACAACAAGGAGCGCAAGCUCACUUUGGAGGACAACAAGGAGCUCAACGUCAGUUUGGAGGACAACAGGGAGCUCAAGGACAGUUUGGAGGACAACAGGGAGCUCAGGGACAGUUUGGAGGAUAUCCUCAAGCUGGUCAGGGACAAUUUGGAGCAAGGCAAGGUGCGGCUCAGGGUCAGUUUGGUGGUGCGCGACCAGCAGCAGCCCCCCAACAACAGUUUGGAGGACCCGCUUCUGCCCCACAACAGCAGUUCCGCGGUUCCGGAGGAACUCAACAAGCUGCUAAUGGUGGUUACAGAUACUAGUCCGGUUUGAUCUGCGAUAACGAAUGCCAAGAUGCCAAGAUGUAUUAGAAAUAUGUACCUUAUUUUUAUUGUAAAUAUUGUUAAUAACAAUAAAUUAUUAUUUUGAUGAAA